AUGAAGAAACAGGUGAAACUUUUGGUGCACCAGAAAACCUUCAGUGAGGAUGAACUUAUUCUCAAUCCCAAAGAGUUUGCGAUGGUUAAUGUUGGUGAUGUGGUAAAAAUAUACCAUGUGGAAGAUGAAUACAGUCGUUUACUUCUGCAAGUCACGUCAAUGAACGAAGACAAACAGCAGUCAAUCAAAGAUUCUAUCAGUAUCGAUCAAAGUAUAGCCACAACUUUCAACCUCCGAACCUACAAAGAUGUGAUUGUCAAUCAGGUACCCCCAGAACAUGUGACCCUUGACCUCGUGGAGUUGACCUUCAAAGAUCAGUACAUCAGUAGAAGUGACAUGUGGAGGCUAAAGAAUAGUUUGGUGGAUUCCUGUGUUUACAUCACCCGGAAAGUAGAGUUUUCUGGGAUCCGGGCCCAGAUCAGUGAGUUGUGGGCUAAAAGCGAAAAGGUUGCCUGUGGUGUCAUUUCUGAAGUCACAAAAGUCGUUUUCAGGUCAUCUACUGCCAUGGUUUAUCUGUUUCUACAGAUGAGUAGUGAAAUGUGGGAGUUUGAUGUCUAUGGGGAUUUGUAUCUUGAAAAAGCCAUUGAAUUUUUAACAGAACUCUUCACUCGAUGGAAGGAGAAAAACAACUUCCAUGAAUUGACUAUUGUUUUAUUUUCAAGAACCUUUUAUGAAGCUCAAUCAAUAGAGGAUUUUCCAGCAUCAAUCAGGGCUUGUCUGCUACAAGAUUACAGAGGACAGAUUUAUGAGGAUUUUUACAGAAUUAUUGCACUCAAUGAAAGACGAGAUGAUUGGAGACCCCUACUUGUCACUCUGAAAAAAGUCUUCAAUCAGUAUCCGAAACAGAUUAUACGAAAUGAAGUUAACGGCGAGGAAUGUCCCCCAGGUUACAAUUCUACAUCUGUGGUGGGGAACUUUCUUGAAGCUAUUAAUUUGUCAUUAAAUGUUUUCGACAAGCAUUAUGUUAAUCGGAAUUUUGACCGUACUGGUCAGCUGGCAAUCGUAAUCACCCCCGGAGCAGGCGUCUUUGAAGUUGACAGAGAUUUGUGCAAUAUUACUAAACAAAGAAUGAUUGAUAAUGGUAUUGGUAGUGAUUUAGUUUGUAUGGCAGAACAACCCCUCCAUGCGGCUCCUCUCUUUAAGUUUCACAACAAACAAGGUCACACGGAUAUCGGUGAUGACUACAAUAUCCCGUACUGGAUCAAUCAUAGUUUCUAUACAUCUAAACACCAACAACAGAGGGCGCCAAACAGCUUUAUACCCAGAAUUAAACUAGCAGAGACAGUGCCAUUGGUGGCUCUUGAUCCACCCCUAUACCAGCCGAGUGAUCUUGUUCUAGAAAAUGGACGUAAAGUCUUAACUGAUAUAGAUUAUGAUGCAUAUGAUGCCCAAGUUUUUAAGAUCCCGUCACAUGUCAAGCAUGGGCUACCAAAUCACUACCUGGCACCAACAAGAUUUGAGAGAUACACAGACAGGGUUACUAAGAGACGUCAGGCGUGGGGUAGGAUGGCAUCAGUAGAAUUAAAACCUGUCACCAGUGACGUUGAAGUACCAUCCAAGUCUUAUUCCAGUGAUGCAGUACAAAUCCCUAGAUCUAGAACCAGAGCAAUCACCAUCAGUGGUUGCAAUAGACGUUCAUCACAUGAAAGAAAAAUGUUGAGCAAGAGUUUCCAUGAAAGUGGUUCUGUAGAGGAGAAUGAUAGUCUUCCAAAGCGUACUAUUGUUGGCAGUGCUAGCAUGGUGACUGACCAUUCACUCAGCAAAGCAUGGCCAUAUGCACAGCGGCAAAGAAGAGCACUUAUUAAUCCGUUUGCACCUAGUCAAAUGUUUGACAGACUGACUUCCAAUAAGAGAAGAUGGACUCACACAUUUCCUAUAGGUCCAUCUGGCAAAGCAAUGCAGACACACCACCAACUCACUUUACUAGACAACAUUGACGACGAACCUUAUGGAUGUUCACCACCGACCAGGAAAGUCACGGCUGCUGCUUCGGCUGCUGUGGAAUUCCGAAAGAAAGUGUCAGUGCAUGCUAGAACCACAGACUCAGACUCUCAAAAUUCGUUUGGUUUUCACUCGUCUGCCAGUAUGUCGAGUAUGUCUAGCAAUGUCUCACUGCAGAGUCUUGGUGCUGAGAGUGUGAAAACAGUGCAGAGUAUCGGCAGUGUAAUCAACACACAUGAACUCACUACAGGUUAG